AUGGCGUUGUGGCCGAAGCGCAGAGCAGCCUGCGUUCUAUCAUAUCCAAGAGCGUCUGUAUUCCGCAAGAAGGAUUUUUCUUAUUUUUCCUCUUUCUUUGUCUGUGGUGGCGAAGCUAUAAAUUCGAGUCUUCAAAUUCAAUUGCUUGGGCAAUAUUGUCAGAUCCAGAGGAGAAUGAAGAAGAUGGAACUCACGAAGAGGAGCAUGAAGAAAGCAGAACGACACAAACUGUCUUACAAUAAGUCAAGGGGGAAGGAAGAUUGCCAGCGACUGGAUAAGGUUGCAUUCAGGCGUCGUGCCUGUGUAAGGGGAAAGGUGACGGCAGCUGAGCCAUACUCUGUAGGCUGCUUUGGUAGUUUGGACACACACUUGCAAAGUCCAUUGAAGCGAAAACAUAAUCUAUGUGGUGAUGAUUCCGGGAAGUCCCCAAGCGGAUGGACUGUGUAG